AUCAUCCAAACUACUUAACUCUCACCGGCCAAUUCAUGUGCAAAAACCAGGAAUUUUAUUUUAGCCCAGAAAAGUCAUCCGAAUUGUCCGGAAAUACCGAAGAUGAUGAGCUAACACUCCCACGAGCGAGCAUAAAUAAAAUGAUUAAAGAACUAGUUCCAUCUGUUCGAAUAGCUAAUGAAGCUCGGGAAUUGGUUUUAAAUUGUUGCACAGAAUUCAUCCACCUUCUUAGUUCUGAGGCAAACGAUAUCUGCAACCAACUUCAUAAAAAAACCAUCAAUGCCGAACAUGUGUUAAUGGCCCUUGAUAAAUUGGGAUUUAGUGACUAUCAUGCCGAAGCAGAAGCUGUAUUGAAAGAUUGUAAAGCGGUAGCAGCGAAGCGACGUAGACAAAGUACACGAUUAGAAAAUUUAGGUAUCCCUGAAGAAGAACUUCUGAGACAGCAGCAAGAAUUGUUUGCAAAGGCCCGUCAAGAGCAAGCUUAUGCAGAUCAGCAACAGUGGGAACAGCUUCAAGCAGCUGCACAGCAAGCUCAAUCUCUAGCUUUGACUUCCAAUGAUGACCAAGAGGAUUACUCUUAACUUUAUCACAAAAUAAUGACUAGCAUAGGUAUUUUAAAAAUUUUGGACAAUAUUCUUGUUUGUGUAAUAAGUGCAUAUUCCUUAAGAAGUAAAUAAGACUCAGUUUAUGUCACCGAAAUAUAUUGAAAUAUCUAGAAA